CUAGUGGUUUAGUUUAAAAAUUAGGAAGUCUCUCCCCCGCUAGCUUGUCCAUCCAUCCGCUCGUUUGGUUCGGUGUUGUUCUUGGUACAGUUCAAUUUUGGCUGGCAUUGAAAGAGCUGGGCGAUUUCUGUUACUCUGGCGAAGAGCGGCUCCUCCGACCAAGAAAGGGCAACACGUACAGGGGCCUGAGAGACGCAGGGACACGACCGCGCGCCGCCCGUAUGAUGGACUGAGAGCACACGGACAGCGAAGUUGGUGCUCCGUGGAACGUUCCAAACUUCAUCCAUGUUCCGACAGUUGGUUUGUGGGGCUGGGGCUAGCUAAAAAUCUGAUCCUGCACUUGCUUAAAAUCUGACAGUCCUUACUUGCACAUGAUUAAUUCAAACCUUACUUGCAGUAUAGUAGAUCUGUACACCAGCUUUAUUUAUGAAGAAAGCCAGACGCACGGGCCCCGUGGAGUAUAAUUUAAUCACGCAUCUGAGAUGCUGCCUUAUCCAUUGUUAACAGAGACCAGUUGCAAUUAUAAAACCACCCCAGCAUCGUCGGCUAGCAAGGCAUCCACCCUUCCUUUCCAUGGCUGUUCGAUCGGGUCUUUGGUAGCCAGUCAACGCCUCGUGCUCGGCAUCGUGCACAUGGUCAUCGCCUCAUCGAUCGCAAACCAAGCCUAGAUGCAGGCAGCAGGCGCAUGGAGUAGUGGUGGUGCUGUACAGAUCAGCUCGCAGAGAUCUUCACAUCCAUGGCGGUUCCCGUGCUGCUCCUCGCCGUGCCGGCCGCGGCCGGCGGGUUCCUGCAGGCGUUCCACCUCGCGUUCCUGCUGUGGCCGUUCAACGCCGCGCUGCCGCUGGCGCGCGACCUGCCCCGGGCCUGCAUCGCGCUCCGGGGGAUCGCGUCCUUCUACGCCGCCGGGCUGCACGCCUACGCCAGCGGCGCCCGGCGCGGCGUGCAGCUGCUGCAGGCGCGGAGCCACCGGGACGCCGGCGGCGGCGACGACUCCUCGGCCGGCGGCGUGGUGAGGACGCGCGAGGACGCCGUCGCGCACGCCAUGAUGGCCUUCGACGACAUCUACUAAUUAAGGCACGAUCCCGCCCGUCCCGCGCGCUCCGGUGUUGUUGCCGGGUGAUCCAUCCAUCGUCGACGAUCUGAUUGAUUCCUCUGGUUUUCGCCGCGGUCAUCUUGGAUCGGUUAGCACGCCAAAACAUUUUCAUGUUGAUCGAUCGAUCGAGGGCCAGGGGCAUCUGACAGCAACUGCAACAAGCAACACAAUACACAAGGCAGGCUGCAUGAACUAGAGAUCCCCAAGUUGUCAGACAGAUCGAAUGUUAGAUUUUUGUUUCCCCUUUGUUAGUCCAGGUGGAAGUUUCAAUUGACAAAAUUGAACUGGACAUUGACCGCCCCUUUCUUCUCUUUUGUUCAGUUCAAUGAAGUUCCUUCUUUCUUUUCGUUUCGUUUCCUUUCUUACAAUCUUGUAAAUGUCUAAACUGUGUUCUCCUAUAUAAAUGAAAUGAAAUGACAGGGGACCUUUCUUUCA